AUGCCUUCUAUCAACAACGCCCUCGUCGUUCGCGACACCAUGAACCGCAUUGUUCCCCGUGAGAACUGGGCGCAACAAGAAGCUGGUGUCAUCGUCGUCUUUUGCAUUGUGUUCGUCGUUGGCGUUGGUCUAAUCGGUCUAUGGAUAUCCAAGUGCGUUGCCAAGCGAAGAGCUACCAAGGCUUCCCUGCCUGCGUAA